UCUCUGAUUCCCGGUCCUGCAGCCACCUGCUCAUCUUCUUUUCAACCAUUCAGCCUCUCUCUUCCCGAUUUUUGCACUCGGUUGGGUUUUCUUGGGUUAGGGCCACAUCGUCGGCAUUAUCAGCGACUGCUUCGUCGCUCAAGUCUCUUUGUAGUCCUGCUGACUUUAUGGCAAUGUAAGAAAGUUUCUGGGGACUUUGAAAUCCUUGACGAUGAUUGUCAGACGAUUCGCGUCGGACCUGGUGAGAAGGACACAUGCACCAGCCCGCUAUUCGACCGAAUCGAGGAGUUUCCCGACUCCCGAUUCACCGCCAGCACUGUCUUCAAGAAUCUCACUUCGUUUCGACCUCAUACGGCCAGGUAA